GUGUCCAAAGUGUAACGCUACUCCAGUGUCUGGUCCGGGGGACGUGUGGCUUGUUUACGGCGGCUGUGCCAGGUCCAACCGGGUCCAACGUGCUCUUCCGUUUUUACUGCUGACGGCUUCUCCUCUUCCGUUUCAAGGGUCGGUGCAUGAAACCUCCAAUCUGGAUCGAGGCGGCGGAAACAGGAAGAAGAAGAUAGAGGAAUUCUCUAGGUCUUCUCGGGAGAAACUGGUCCAGUCGAAGAACAAAAUGUUCUCCAAAUUCACCUCGAUCCUCCAGCAUGCGGUGGAAGCGCUUGCCCCAUCGCUGCCCUUGCAGGAGGAUUUUGUCUAUCACUGGAAGGCCAUUACACAUUAUUACAUCGAGACUUCAGAUGACAAAGCUCCAGUCACAGACACCAACAUCCCAUCCCACCUGGAACAGAUGCUGGACAUCCUGACCCAGGAGGAAGGGGAGAGGGAGUCUGGAGAGACGGGGCCGUGCAUGGAGUAUCUCCUGCACCACAAGAUCCUGGAGACUCUCUACACCUUGGGCAAGGCCGAUUGUCCUCCAGGAAUGAAGCAGCAGGUGCUAACCUUCUACACAAAGCUGCUAGCCCACAUCCGUCAGCCUCUCCUGCCACAUAUCAACGUUCACAGACCUGUACAGAAACUAGUCCGUCUGUGUGGGGACGUGCUCGCUGCUCCAACCGAAAAUGAAGAGAUCCAGUUCCUUUGUAUAGUUUGUGCCAAACUGAAACAGGACCCGUAUCUUGUGAACUUCUUCCUUGAGAAUAAGUCAAAGAAACCUGAGUUGAGGAGUCCUGGAAGAGCCGAGUCUGUGAAGGCUCCAGACACUGGUCAGUCUCUCACAGGGGAACAGGCGGGGGGGCCAGAGGAGCCACAGGCUGCUGCUGCCGCCUCCACCGCAAGUCCAACCAGCAACAACAACAACAACAGUAACAAUUACAAUCUGGUCACCUCCCUCCUCAACCUCACUAAAAGCCCUGAUGGCAGGAUAGUGGUGAAGGCGUGUGAAGGCCUAAUGCUGCUGGUCAGUUUACCAGAGCCUGCUGCUGCCAAGUGUAUCAUAGAAAACACGGAGCUCUGUGAGCUUCUGACUGACCGGCUGGUCUCCUUCUACAAAGCCCUGCCACAGUCCCUGGACCCCCUGGACAUUGAGACAGUGGAGGCAGUCAACUGGGGUCUGGAUGUGUACAACCUGAAGGAGGAUGCUGCUGUGUUCACAGGGAAGAGGGCUCUCAUCAGCUUCCUGUCCUGGCUAGAUUACUUUGACCAGCUUAUCAAGGAGGCUAACAAGUUGGCUGCUACAGUGAUGGCAAAAGCAGUCAGGGAAAGAUUCUUUGUGUCUGUGAUGGAACCACAGCUCAUGCAGACGUCUGAGGUUGGAAUCCUGACGUCCACCGCCCUGCUGAACAGGAUCAUCAGGCAGGUGACCUCGGAGGCUCUGCUGCAGGAGAUGGUUUACUUCCUGCUGGGAGAGGACAAAGAUGCAGAGACUCCAGCGACCGUCGCCCAGACUCCUCUCAGACACAGACUCAUUGAGCACUGUGACCACCUGUCCGACGAGAUCAGCAUCAUGACGCUGCGGCUGUUCGAGCAUCUCAUUCAGAAACCCAACGAGCACAUCCUGCACAGCUUGGUGCUGCGGAGCCUGGGGGAGAGGAACUACCUGGAGAACAAACCGCAGGAGGAGCGGGAGCCGCUGGAGAACGGGCAGCCCCACGACGCCGUAGACCUCGAGGAGGAUCCACUGUUCGGUGAUGACCUGUCUCCAGACAGCAGGCUGUCUGGUUCUGAUUGGCUCAGCUCCUCUCCACCGCAGAGUCCCGACCACCUCAAGUCCGACGGGAAGACGGAGGUCCACAAGAUAGUCAACAGUUUCUUGUGCCUGGUGCCUGAUGAGGCCAAGUCAUCGAAUCACGUUGAAGGAACAGGCUAUGACACCUACCUCAGAGACGCUCACAGACAGUUCAGGGACUUCUGUGGGGUGUGCCAGCGGUGGGACUGGAGGGGGAAUCCUAAACCUUUCGAGAAGUGUAACCUGGACAACCCGUUCUUUGAGGGACACUUCCUCAAGGUUCUCUUCGACCGGAUGGGUCGCAUCUUAGAUCAGCCGUACGACGUGAACCUGCAGGUGACCGCCGUGCUGUCCAAGCUGUCUUUGCUGCCACACCCCCACCUCCACGAGUACCUGCUGGACCCUUAUAUCAGCCUGGCCCCGGGCUGCAGGUCUCUGUUCUCCGUCAUCGUCAGGGUGGUGGGAGAUCUCAUGUCGAGGAUCCAUCGCAUCCCAGACUUCACCCCCAAGCUGCUGCUCGUGAGGAAGAGGUUAUUAGGUCUGGAGCCCGAGGGCAUCAAUAUCGACCACAUGACUCUCCUGGAGGGCGUGAUCGUGCUGGAGGAGUUCUGCAAAGAGCUGGCGGCCAUCGCCUUCGUCAAAUACCACGCAGCUGCCGCCUCCUCGCCGUAACCUCUCCUGCUGCUCGUCCAUCUGCCUCGGCCGGGCGGACCGGGGUCGGGAUGAGCCCGGGCCUUUGGGUGUGUACUGGCACUGGUGACACAGGGUCGGCAAAACAUUACCACUAACCACUCAUCCCUGCAAGACUGUUAAAGCCCACACGGACGUGGUUUCAUCACUCCCUCCUCCUCGGGCCUCUCGGGCUCCACUGUAUAAAAGGUCAGACACUGCCCAGCAGCCAGCAGAGGAAGAGGAGGAGGAGGAAGAGGAGGCUGAGGUGCAGGGAGAUGCUCACUGGACUCUUUCAGCCUCUGCAUUCUCUCUCCCGAUCCCCCCACCCCCACCCCACCCCACCAUCUUCUCUCUCACCAGCCAAAAGAUGAUAGCCCUGUAAUUAUUAUGUCAAGGGGAAAAGAUGUUGUGUAUUUAUUUCCUGUCCCGUUGUCGCCCAUUUGUAAAAGUCAAUGCCUUAGUGUGGGAUCACACCUUUCAGUUACAGAAACGUGUUUCUUUUUGAAACAUUUUAAAAAAAAACAAUCUCUGCUCUCUCACAUGUUGUCUGUUUGAAGACAAGAGGCUGCAGAGAAACUACCCACUACUCCUCAACCCAAAUGUGUGUGUGUGUGUGUGUGUGUGUAGUUACAAAAGUCCUGAUGUGCAGUAUUCACGAUACUGCGCUCCCUUUUUAAAUACCAAGUCGUCUUAUUAUUUAUUUGUUUGCUUUCAGGUUGCCUUUUAAAACUCGCUUGUGCUGUCAGAGCUCAUCUUUGAUCACCGUCGCCCAAAGAUCCAUCUCAUUCUCUCCUGUGAAAUGGUGAAUUUAGCAAGUUAUGGUUAAUUUGCACAUGAACCUCAUUGCAUCACGUUGCACGUGUUACAUUAUUUGACUUCAUUCAUGCCUUUUCUGUUGUUGGCUUUUAGGAAAGAGACGUUUUGUUUUUGAUUCUGCAGCAAAUUUUGUUCCGAAAUCUCGCUUCUCCAGACCCAGUGUUUAUUUUCUCACACACAGUGUUUAAUUAAAUCUGAGAUAAUCUGUGUUAUUGUUUUUACAGCAAUAAUUAGUUUACUCUAGUCAUGGGAGCGUGCAGAGGAUAAAAACCUCUGGAAAUACCGUCGCUUACAGCCGUGGACCUUGAAUCAGAUUGGAUUUAUUUAUAAAAGAUUUAUAAGAAAACCAGCCGGCCUUUGUGCAAACCUCCUCCAAGGUUAACGGACUUUCUCGCCAUCGUAAAGAAAAAGAUUCCAGGAUCCCUGUGGAGGAAAUCAGUUGAGUAGUUUUAGGUAUUCUUACAAACAACCACAGGCUGAUGAAAACCUCCUCGGCAAAGUAGAAAGUAAGAAAAGACAAUUAUAAGAACAAAAUGUAGCCGAUGUAAACCACUGUCUGUGGCUGCAGAGCUUUGUGUUUCUCUGCAAGUUGUCAUCACCUAUGUGUAGUUGCGUUUACUUCAGUAUUAUUUCUUCAUGCAGAAUUAGAAUGACAAGGAAACAGUGCUGUGCUCGGCCGGAGUCUGGUGGCUUCAAAUCAAAGUCUUACCCCACUUACAUCCGGUUUGAAUUCUUCUGUAUCAAGAUCUUAACGUUAACUUUAUUUCCUGUCUGAUGUUGCCGUGUGAAUGUGUCUGUGAUUGGUCGGUCGGUGUGUAUGGCGAUGACCUUGUUCAUGUGUGUGUGGGCGGAGUCGUGAAUGGAAGCCGCGAGUCCCCGGUCUUGAGCUUUGAUUUGUUUUUUCCUCUCACAUAUCUCAAGCACCUGAACGACAUUAUGCAACAGCUUGCAUGGAAACAGAUUUGCACAUUGUCUUUCUUCAUCCACAUUUAUUAUGUAAAUAUAAUUAAAAAAGCUUUUUUUUCCUCUAAAUAUUUUCUUUCAUACACCAAAAAAAAAGGAUUUAGGAUGUAUCAUGAGUAACGUUUCUAUUUUAACGUGACACUUUUUCACAGUAAUUGUCAAUCAUGCACAUUUUUUAGAAAUCAACUACUCUUUUCUGUACAGUUGUAUAUUGUAUGUGUACAAUAGCGAUGGAGAUAUACUACCUGGUGUAAUAUGCAUGCUUAUACAUACGUUUUCUUCUGUUGAGGGAGAGAAAAGAGGCGAUUUGUGAGCUGUCAGCACUUUGCUCUGACCCGACCGGUAGAAACGAUGCCUUGCUUCACACUGUGGAUCUCUGACCACGCCUCUGAUGGACGUGGGGGGGGCUGUUCUGCCUCACUGCAGUGUGUUGUGAUCUUACUGUGCUUCUGUCUCUUGUGUUUGGUUUGUGAAGAUGUACAGAACUCUUGAGUUUAAAUCUGAUUUGCCAACUGAUUUCAGACCAGUCACUGUAUCAUGCUCAUCGCUGCUUUCCUCCUCCUCCUCGUGCUUCUUCACCCCCCACUUUGAUUAUGUGAUUGUGUAGAAGCAUUAACUGAUACAUUAAGAUAAGAUGCAUGCAGUCCCCCCCGCCUUCCAGUCCCUCACAGCCAUCACCUCACUGUUCAUUUGCUCCUCAUCAGCAGCCGUCUUCACCUCACUGCUCCUCUUAGGUUUCAUUCAGGACAAUAUGGUUUUAUUUCACAUGCUCCGUCCCAACUACAAAUAAAGAUAAAGGUCUUCAGCA